UUGUUUUUCUGCCGGAGGCUGGAGAGCGGCCGGGUUCCUGCUGCUCCACCAUGCGCCGCGCGGCCCGUGCGACUCGCCGGACCUCCCGGGCGUCCCUGCACGGACCGCUCGGUCUGUCCUAGCAGGGAUCGCCCCCAUCCCCAGUUCCCCUGCGGGCCGCUGCGCCCCAGUCGCCGAGGAGCUGCGCUCACCGCAGGGGCGGGCCCCCGCCUGGGUUCGCGGCGCCAGUGUAAUAUGACCUGUGAUAAAGUGCUGAUAACGAGUGACUGCCCUCUUGGUUACUAUGGAAGAUAAUGUUCCACAGCCAAAGGCAGAAGACUGAUCUUUGAAAAUAUGUAUUUGGGAGAUAGUCACGUUCUAUUGAAUACCUUGUGCUGGUGCUGCCAUCGAAAAAUCUGGUUACACUCCGGGGAGGCCUGCCGCCUCUGCAGGACUGCACCACCUCGGCCCUGAGAUGAGUGUCCGGCCUGAGCGGGCACACCAUGAAUAGAUACACUACGAUCAAGCAACUCGGGGAUGGAACCUAUGGUUCCGUCCUACUGGGACGAAGCAUUGAGUCUGGGGAACUGAUUGCCAUUAAAAACACUCAGCACAGAAAGUGAUGAUGAAUUGCCUGCCUUCCUGCUGCGAUGUCAGGUCCACGAAGGAUGCCCCUCUCACCGUUGUAUCCCUAGUGCCUGACAAAGCCCCUGCCACACACAGGAGGGGCUAAAGAAUAUUUGGGGCAUGAACUCCACCAGCAGACAGUGUGACGUUGACGACAGAGUGUGAGAGUGAGAAUGAAAAGAAAGUUUUAUUCCUGGGAGGAAUGCAUGAACCUUCGGGAGGUUAAGUCUUUAAAGAAGCUCAACCAUGCCAAUGUGGUAAAAUUAAAAGAAGUUAUCAGGGAAAAUGAUCAUCUUUAUUUUAUCUUCGAGUACAUGAAGGAAAAUCUUUACCAGCUCAUUAAAGAAAGAAAUAAGUUGUUUCCUGAAUCUGCUAUAAGGAAUAUAAUGUACCAGAUAUUACAAGGACUUGCAUUUAUUCACAAACACGGCUUCUUCCAUCGGGACUUAAAGCCUGAGAACCUCCUCUGCAUGGGCCCAGAACUUGUGAAAAUUGCAGACUUCGGGUUGGCCCGAGAAAUCCGAUCAAGACCCCCAUACACUGACUAUGUAUCUACCAGAUGGUACCGGGCUCCAGAAGUGCUCCUGAGGUCUACCAACUACAGCUCCCCCAUUGACAUCUGGGCGGUGGGCUGCAUCAUGGCCGAAGUGUACACCCUCAGGCCACUCUUCCCCGGGGCCAGUGAAAUUGACACCAUCUUCAAAAUUUGCCAGCUGCUGGGGACACCCAAAAAGACCGACUGGCCUGAAGGCUACCAACUCUCUAGUGCGAUGAACUUCCGCUGGCCCCAGUGUGUACCCAAUAACUUAAAGACCCUGAUUCCAAAUGCGAGCAGCGAAGCCAUUCAGCUCCUGAGAGACAUGCUCCAGUGGGAUCCCAAGAAACGGCCAACAGCUAGUCAGGCUCUUCGAUAUCCUUACUUCCAGAUUGGGCAUCCACUGGGCAGCGCCACACAGAGCCUUCAAGAUUCAGGAAAAGCACAGAAGGAUGUCCUGGAAAAGGCAGGCCCACCUCCUCACAUCAAGCCGGUCCCCCCCACCCAGCCCCCAACCAAGCCACACCCGCGGAUUUCUUCGAGACAAUAUCAAGCCAGCCAGCCCCCUCAGCAUCUCAUGUACCCCUUCAAAGCAGAGGCUUCCAGGACAGAUCACCCGAACCAUCUCCCGGAGGACAAGCCAAGCCCAUUGCUCUUCCCAUCCCUCCAUACCAAGAAUCCUCCGUCGAAAACGCUAGCUGGCCUGGAACACAAAAAUGGGGAGAUCAAGCCCAAGAGUCGGAGAAGGUGGGGGCUUGUGUCCCGGUCGACAAAAGAUUCCGAUGACUGGGCUGACUUGGAUGACUUGGAUUUCAGUCCGUCCCUCACCAGGAUUGACCUGAAAAACAAGAAGAGACAGAGCGAGGAGACUCUCUGCAGAUUUGAGAGUGUUCUGGACCUGAAGCCCUCUGAGCCCGUCAGUACAGGCAACAGCGCCCCCACCCAGACCUCCUAUCAGAGGCGAGACACACCAACCCUGAGGUCCGCGGCCAAGCAACACUACCUGAAACACUCGCGAUACUUGCCUGGAAUAAAUAUGAGAAACGGCAUACUUCCAAAUCCAGGCAAGGAUUUUAUUCCAUCUAAUCCGUGGUCUAGUUCUGGUUUGUCUGGAAAAUCUUCAGGAACAGUAUCAGUAAUCAGCAAAAUAAAUUCCGUUGGUUCCAGUUCUACAAGUUCUAGUGGACUGACUGGCAACUAUAUCCCGUCCUUUCUGAAAAAAGAAGUUGGUUCUGCUGUGCAGAGGGUACACUUGGCACCUAUUCCAGACCCUUCUCCUGGCUAUUCUUCCCUGAAGGCUGUGAGACCUCAUCCCGGGCGACCUUUCUUCCACACCCAGCCUAGAAGCACUCCCGGGCUGAUGCCCCGACCUCCGGCUGCCCAGCCAGUGCACGGCCGGACCGACUGGGUUUCUAAGUAUGCGUCUCGGCGAUGACCAGCAUGAAGCUUCUGGGCUCAGGGGAAAGCAAGACACGGUCCCUCGGCCAGCUGGUGUUCUGCCGGCGAGAAACCGGCAGACAGUAUGAAAGCAAACACUUUAUAGUUAUUCUUCUGAACUAAGACAUUUCAAUAUUCUUUUUAAGAUUUUUUUUAAAUAUUGAUUUGAAUGCAAUACCCUUUUUUUGUACAAAAUUAUUUUAUUCUAAAACUGGGUCCCAUUAUUUUCUUAAACAGCGCAUUUUGUAUAUAUGGAUUAUGUUUUAGCAUUUUAUACAGUCAACUUUGUAAUGAACUUUUUAAAAAUUAAUUGAUUUUCCUUUGGGGUUCCAGAUAAUAUUUUAUACAGAUUUUUAAAAAUGUAAUAAUAUUGAUGCAGUAUUGCAGCAGGGGUGCAAUUGAAGGCCACCCGAUAGAGGGUUAUUUACUCAACGCGGGCAGAUAUUUGUGAAGUGGUUAAAUUUUAAAUGUGGCACACUGGUACUACAGGCUUUCUUGGACCGACCUCAGCGCUAGAUAAAUGAUCUGCUUUUCUCAAUAUCAGGUUAUUGGUUUGAUUUUGUGACACCACUGUGCUGUUCUAAAAAUACUAUUAUGCAAUGAAUUUCCCAGCUGAAAGAACUCUAAAUAGUUUUUGGAAUUUUUACAACAACCCUUUUUGGUGGUUGGAGAUAUGCAAGGUGGUUGGAGAUAUGAACCAGGUUUUAUUAUGCUGGACCAUCACGUUCUAUUUUCUCCCAUUUUUUUUUUAUGUUUCUUCCAUUUUUGAAAUCCAGUUGUAUAAGUAUCCCCAAAAGGGAAGCUUUUGAAGUUAACAGAUCUUUAACAUAAAGGUGAACACAGUCCGUUAGACUUGUAUCCCUAUCAAGAUGCACGACCAAAAAGCUAAGUUUCAAAGCAGCAGAAGAUUUUUUUUAUUAUAAUAACUGAUCAACUUUUGCAUUCAGCUCAGUUCUCCAGGCCUGGCAAGGAACAGACGAUGAAGAAUCUUCUGUCCUAGCCACAUUCUCAGGGCACUUUGGGGAGCAGGAAAGAUUUAUGGGAGAGGUUCCACUGACCUGGGAAGUCCCAGCUACCACGAGGGUCAUGUAGGUAGCGUGCCACAUUUGAACUCUUAACCCUUGUGUAGUUUCUUCACACAGUGGGAACUCUAUGUGUUGGACAGAGGCUGUUCCAUUGAGAGGAAUGUUUACAGCAAUUUUGAAAAUGACAAAGCUAGUUUGGAGACAGAAAAAGACAAAAGGUCCGCUCUUCGUCCAUCUCUGUAGGGUAUAUCUGCCUCCAGCAGUGGUUCCCUGAAAGGCAGGAGGGAAGGUCUCUGCCAGGGAACACGAUACAAACUCAGUAGCGUGUUGACUCACAUUCUCCCAGGCCCCAAGCUACUCUCAUUUGGUUCCAGGUUCCAGGAUCUAGCAGGCUGAGCCAUAUGAAAUUGUCUGUCAUUUCUGUAGGUUAAAAUGAUAAAGUGAAUAUUGGCACUUUGAUAUGAUUCAACCCAAUAUGUGGGUAAAUUAUUGCUUUGAUGUAUUAGUAGUAUGUUGCAGCCUGAACAAAUUGCCAUGGCUCCCAAAGGGGCCUAAUCUAAAUCAGGGAGUAAUUUCUGCUUUGGAGAAUCUGGCACAACAAUGUACUUGACCAAGCACUAUGAUCCCUAGGGGCAUGAGAAAAGCACAUAAUGGAUGUGGAUUUGAUAGGUAAUAUUUUCUGUUAACAAACUGGCAGCAAAGCUUCAGAGAACAAAUAUGUAUAUGUAAGCACAACUUGAAGCUGAGUUCACUUCUGUAUUAUAUUCUCAACUCAUUAUCUAAAGCAAAAGAAAAUGUGUUUUCAGAGAUGAGUCCUUUACUGCAAUUAAUAUUUAUUUUCCCUUUCUGUAUUAUAUAUAAAAAGUAAGUUAAUCUGUAACCUUACCCAGCUUGCUGGAAAGCUGGUUUUAAAUUGUAAAUACCUCUUAGAGAAGCGAAUGGAUUGUGAAUACCAUAUUCUUGGCACUCUAGCUUAUGUUAAGGUCAUGACAUUUUUUAAAUUGAAAAAACCUAGUCAUCUGGUUAUUACACAUUAUAAAAUUGUUUUUGUAAUACUUUUAUGGGCCCAAAUUCAGAAAAUAUUUCCGUUUUCGUCCUCUUACUUUUUCCUUUAUUUAUGAGUAAACAACUUCCCUUAGAAAGCCAAACAUGUUUAUCCAUAUGAAAGUCGAGAAGCUGAUGUGCAGUUGAGAAAACCAGAAGACUGAAAAAACAAUGUAAAUCCUAAAGAACCAGCAAAAUCCUAGAAAGUUCUCUCUUUUUUUUCCCCCCAUAAUGGGUAAAGGACAAAUGUGUAUACAUGCUGUUUACUAUAGAAGGGAAUCGUGACCAUUUUUUGUUAAGUGAAAAUCAAAUGCUACCAAGUGUGUAUAUCUUUUAGUUAGUAGAGAAUUAUACGAUGUACCAUAAGACACCAAGAGGAAUGAAAGAGUUUCACUGUACCUUUUUCAUGACUAUACCUCAUUUCCGGUCAGAAAGCUUUUCGGGAUGUCAGGAAAUGGUACAGGGAUGGCUCUCAUUGCACACCCAAAGGUCCAGUGAUAAUGGUGUGCCAGGCAGUACAUGUGUGAACUGCAAGGCAAGCUGCAUGGGCAUAAAAGCUACUCUUGGUGUGAUUGUUCAUCUUACAAUAAAAUUCCAUUAAUUACUAAGCACUCACCCAGCUCAUGUAUGAUAGGGUUUAAGUAGGAAGAAAAUUGAUUUUCAAACAGUUUUUUUUCAGACACCUCUCUUAUAGAUAGCCUAAAGGAUUGUAUACAUAUAACUAAUUGACAUUGUGUCAUCUUCUGACGUUAUCAAAAAUUGAAUACAAUCAAGGUAACGCCUAAGUACAAAUACCGGUACUACUGGGGCUCAUGGGCACCAUCUUUUCUCAUGAACUAGUGUUUCCCUACCAUCGAGCCAUCGUUUUGUGCCAUUUAGGAGAAAAGGAACACAGGCUGUAUGUUCCAGCUCAGUGUAUGACCAAAAGCAAUAUGUUUAUAAGAAAAUGUUUGACAUGCUAAUUAUUUUAUAUCAUUUAAAGCAUACUGUAGCAACUCGUUUGUUUAAUAUAUGUGCUUAAUUUUUAGAAUUAUUUUUACAAUUUCCAACCAAAGUACUGUAUUUUAUAUAACUUAUUGUGAGGACCCCUCAUGGAAACUAUUAAGACAAACUGGAGGCAAGCAUCACAUCAAUCUGUAUUAUCAGUUUCUUAGAGACACUGUGCUAAUGUGAAUUUGAAAUGACCCAAACAGUCUUCUGAUCUCAGAUGUCUUAGUACUGAUAGUUUAAUCACCGGAUUUGAAUCCAAGGAAAUAGCUGAGAAUAUAUUUAUUUAAAAAGCAAAUAUUCAUAAUAAUGAGAAUAGAGGAGGACAGAAAACCACUGACACAAGCCCCUUCUGAAAUAAAAUACUGCGUUUUGAAUAGUUUGUCCUAAGGUGUUUAAAAACGUUAACUUUAUGUAAGGAAAAUUCUGCUCCAAAUAAAGUUACAGUUAAAGGAA